AUGGAUUCAAUAAGCGAUUCACUUCUACUGGAGAGCUCACCCUACCACAAUCCGGUGCUCAGACUCAGCGACCAAAAUAAAAAACAUAGGGUCUACGAAUUGCUCAAAGAGAUACAGGAUUGCCAAGGAUUUGACUCUUUUGAAUACCUAUACAAACUCCUCCUCUACUCUGACCCUGACCUCCGGUUCGGGAGCUCCGGUAGGCAAAAGAUAUACACAUUAUGCAAACAUUGGCUAUUUCCCGACGGGACUGAAGAGGGGGACGCACUGUCCAUAGAUAUCGGCGGAACUAAUCUGAGGGUUAUUUUAGUCCGACUCAAACCGGGAGCGGAACCGGAGUUUCGGGUCAAACACUAUGACAUAGAAGUACAGCACAGACAAGGAAAAGCCGAAAAUUUGUUCAACUUUAUGGCCGCAUGUCUCGAGGAUUUCAUAAAUAAUAACCCAGACAUCGGUGACAAACGGCUGCCUUUUGGGCUGACCUUCUCGUUUGUUUACGACCAGAAGGCUCUGGAUGUGGGGAUCGUUACUCAGUUCACAAUCAACACCAAUUUGCCGGACGCCGUGGGCAGAGAUGCCGUUCAGUUCAUGCGUGAAGCCAUUGCCCGCAAAAAUCUUAAAGUGGAUGUCAUGUCCAUCUGCAACGACUCGACCGCCACACUGGCGUACGGCAUGUACUUAAAGCCCGACACAUACAUCGGCUUCAUAUCGGGCUCCGGCACCAACACCUGCUAUCUCGAGGACGUGAACAAAAUUGAAAAGAUUGAUCCGUUGAAGACAUUUGGCAAAAGAGUUGAUGGCGUUAUUCUGAACCUCGAGAAUGGAGUUCUCGGUGACGACGGCUCUAUUGAUUUCGUCAAAACUAAAUGGGAUUUAGAGAUGGACGCGGAGUCGCUGUUCCCUCACAUCUACGGGUUCGAGAAACUAAUCGGUGGCGCCUUUAUUGGAGAACUGGUUCGCAGAAGUCUAUUAUCAUUAGCGGAAAGCCGUCUAUUUCUUGGGGGAGUCAUAACCGAUGGAUUAAAAGUGAAGGACUCUAUUAAAGGUCCAGACGUGUCAUCAGUAGAAAGCGAUAAAACUGACGGUUCAGUCACUGCCUUAUUGCAGAGGUUGGGCUAUACGUCAGCGCAGAUCACCGCCGAUGACACCGAGAUUGUCAGAUAUGUGUGCGCUAUCGUCGGCGUCCGUAACGCACAGUUAGCCGCCGCCAAUCUCUGUCGCCAACAGGUUGCGGAGCUAUUCGGAUACCACUCCCAGCGCGACUCAAUUAAGGCCCGUUUUUAUUUGAGUUAUUCUCAGCCGAUGACGGAAGUGGAAAGGGAUCCGCAUUUAUAG